ACGGCGCACGAACGGCGCCGUUGCAUCAUUCAACAGAAUUCUCGUUCUGUCGUUUAUCACGUGUCGACCAGUGUUCUAGUAAUAACAUGUUAAGAAAGUGAAUAAUUUCGUGUGUGAUAUACAAUUUAAAUAGAUGGGAUAUGCUGCUAUUUUGUCCAACCUGUGGAAACAUUCUACAUGUCGAAUCGGGCUUGGCGAAUUACCGAUUUGCGUGUAAUACCUGCCCUUAUGUCUUUAAUAUAUCGCAAAGAAUAACAAGUCGGACUUAUCCAAAGCUCAAGGAAGUAGACGACGUUUUAGGUGGCAGCGCUGCGUGGGAAAACGUCGACGCAACAGAUGAACGCUGUCCCAAGUGCUCUCAUUCUCGGGCCUACUUCAUGCAGAUACAAACGAGAUCUGCCGACGAGCCAAUGACCACAUUUUACAGAUGCUGCAAUCCACAGUGCAGUCACAAUUGGCGAGAUUAAUUACCAACAAUGAGUUCCGAUGAAGUAAGGAAAAAAAGCAUGGGUCCAAUGAAACAAACAUUGAGGUCGCUCGAGACGCAGCUUAAAAAUCUACAGCCUGGUAUGUCAGAUUUUGGGUUCGCUUAUGGAUCAAAGAAUGUGG